UUGCCUUUAUACAGAAUCCUCACCAUGGAUGGGCUCAUUGAGGACAUUAAACGUCGGCGGUAUUAUGAGAAGCCAUGCCGCCGGCGACAGAGGGAAAGCUAUGAAAGGUGCCGGCGGAUCUACAACAUGGAAAUGGCUCGCAAGAUCAACUUCUUGAUGCGAAAGAAUCGGGCAGAUCCGUGGCAGGGCUGCUGAGGCCUGUGGAUGGGACACCCAGUGCGAAACCCUCAUCCAGUUUUGUCUUCAUCUCUUUUCUUUGUACAAUCCCAUUUCCUAAACUCAAAUCACAUGUCUGCAAAAAGGCCUCCAAAUAUAGAAACAAUUCCAUUA